AGGGAAUGGCAGAUGGACGCCGACAGGCCGAGGCGAAACACGAGACUGCGGAGAGGGCAAAGAGAAGACGGGAGGAGAGAGAGAGAGAGAGAGAGAGAGAGAGAGAGAGAGAGAGAGAGAGAGAGAGAGAGAGAGAGAGAGAGAGAGAGAGAGAGAGAGAGAGAGAGAGAGAGAGAGAGGGGCCGGCGGAGAGAGGAAAAUAGCAGCGCUGUCACAGGGGAUAGACAGGCGGAUAGGGGGAGAGGGCAAGAAGCACGCUGCGAUGGAGGAGGAGGAACGGAGGGAGAGGGCGCAGGGACGGGAGGAGGGUCGCAGCUGACUUAGGAUGUAUCCUAACCCGCGUC